UAGUAAACUGUGAAUUGGCUUCAUCGGCAGGUAAUAAUUUAGUAUAAUAUAAAUUAUAGUUUUCUGAUCUUAAUUUUUUUUUUUUUUUUAAAGAUAUUGGUGUUUCUACUGUUGAUGUUGAAAAUCAAGAUGAGGAUUUGGGACAAACUAAUGUCACAGAUACUAUUCCUAGUUUUUUUUCUCCUGAGAAAAAUAUAGUAAACUGUGAAUUGGCUUCAUCGGCAGGACAAGUUGACUCAAUGGUAGAUAAUGAUCCUGUAAGAUUUUCUAAUACCAUUACAAAAUUAAGUUUUGAACAGAAGAAGUAUAUUUUAUGUUUGGGUCCUUGUCAACCAACUACUCAGCAGAUGCCACUCCGACAAUUCCCAAGAACAAACAAAUACAGUUUCCGUGCUCAAUGGUACACUAAAACUUUGCCUGAUGGGUCAAUGGGAUUCCGUAAAUGGUUAUCGUAUUCAAUAUCAGCUGAUAAAAUAUUUUGCAUUUAUUGUAUGUUGUUUGGUAAAUCUCCUAAGAAGGCAUGGACUAUUGAUGGUACUUCUCGUUGGAAAGAUGGUAACCAUUUAUUAACUUCCCAUGAAACUUCAACUAUACACAUAGCCGCCUCAAUUGAUGCUACUAUACAUGAACAUUGUUCACCAUUAUUACCAGCGUUAGAAGAAAAAAAGAAAAUGGAGGUUCAAACCAACAGAGUAGUUGUAAAACAACUAAUAGAUAUUUCGCUAUUUUUAGCUAAACAUGGACUUGCAUUUAGAGGUCAUAAAGAAAAGUGGACGGAUUCUAUUCGUGGAAACUUUAAAGAUAUGGUUAUUUUAUUAGCUGAAUAUUCACCUGUAUUAUCGUCUUACAUUACUUGUUUAAAAAAGAAGGGGAAAUCUGUUACAUCUUUAAUAUCCUGGCAACGACAAAACCAGUUAAUCGAUGCUAUUUCAAAUUCAAUUUUCAAUUCAUUCACACAAAAAGUUGAAACUGCUUGUGUUUUCAGCAUAUCUAUUGAUACAACAUUUGACAUCUCAAGACAAGAACAAGUUUCUUUCAUAGUGCGUUUUGUUGAUGAAAGUAAUGGUAUGAUAUAUGAACGUUUACUCGCAAUGUGUUCUACUGCCUCUACUAAAAGUGAAACACUAUUCAAUAUUUUCCUUAAUGUUUUCAAUAAAACCAAUCUUAAUUGGAAAAAAAACCUAAUAGGUCAAUCAUAUGACGGUGCCGCCAAUAUGAGGGGUGAGUACAAUAGUUUACAGGCAAAAGUAAAAAGUGAAAAUCCUCAUGCAGUUUAUAUUUGGUGUUGGGCUCACCGUUUAAAUUUGGUUGUUGAACAAGGUGUUGCAAGUUGCCUUGAAGCAGUUGAUUUUUUUGGAAUUUUAGGAAGAGUUUUUGACUUUGUAUGUAGCAGUAAAAACCGUGUAUUCCUUUUUGAACAAAAUCAAAAAAUCCGAAACCCUAACUUGCCGGUUCGUCGUUUGAAACGUGUAACUACUACUAGGUGGAGUAGCCAUUCUACAGCUCUUAAUACAGUUUUACUGACUUGGGCAUCGUUAGUUGAUACACUGGAAGAUCUUUGGAAAUCAGAAGCUUCAUCAGAUGCAUCGUCAUUUCUUUUAUAUUUUCAAUCUGAAAGAUUUCUUUAUACAUGUUUUUUAUUUAAAAAAAUAUUUUCUGUACUAGAUCCAUUAAGCAAAACAUUUCAAGCGAUUGAUAUAGAUCUUAUCACUGCAUCAUCAAUGAUAACAUCAAAAAGAGGUCAAUUAUUAAAUAUUCGCAAUGAAUUUAAUUCAAUUGUCAUCGAAGUGAAGCAAUUUAUUCAAAAUCAUCUGGAUGAAAAUUUUACUCCUUUACCACAAAAACGGUCAAGAAAAAGAAAAAUAAUGCCCGGGGAGAAAGCAACCGAUGAACCAACAUCUGACCCUCUGACUAAUUUUAAAUAUCACACUUUUUACACGGUGCUUGAUAUCAUAUGCAAAAUAAAAAUGGAUACUAACAAAAUACCUUGUGAUGCAUUUGAAGGCAUAGCGUCGAUAUAUUCAACAUUUUUAAAUGCAGAAGCAUUAAAUACAGAAUAUUUAUGGCUUAUUGAUUGUUUUUCAAAUUUAGAAAAAACAAUAAAUUUAACUAAAUAUCUUCAUAAGGAUGAGGAUAAUGAAUCAACCAAUUCUUCAGAUUUUGAAUCGCACAUUUCCGAGUCUGAUGAAGAAUUAAUUUCUCAAUGUCCCAUCGAAGAAUCUCAAAUAUAA